CCUGCAUGCUACUAUUAGAGGAGGAGACGAUCUCUUCCCCGUCCCUGCAGGAUCAUGGGAGAGAAACAUAUCAUCCUGCCAAGAUUGGUUCCAAGUAAGCUAUCGCACCGCCAGCAGCUGUGUGGUCAUCGAUCAGUUUCUGAGAUUUCAGGUGUAGUGGAUGAAACCUUGGGAAAGAGGCCUCUGGAUGGGCAGAAUGAUAUACUCAGAUACAGGGUGUUCACUAGUACGUGGAAUGUUGGUGGUAUGACACCAUCCAGUGAUCUAGACUUGGAGGAUUGGAUGGAUUCAACAGCUAACUCCUAUGACAUCUACGUUCUUGGGUUCCAAGAGAUAGUGCCACUCAACGCAAGAAACGUGCUUGGUCCUAGGAAUAGCUGUAUAUCUACAAAGUGGAACUCACUGAUUGGGGAGGCACUAAACAAAAGGAGGAGAAGAGGAGCAGUGUUGCAUCAAGAAAUCACAAAUAGCAGUGCAACGGAGAGAUCUGCGCAGGAAGAACACUUUAGAUGCAUCAUGAACAAGCAGAUGGUGGGCAUCUUUAUGUCAGUCUGGGUGAGAAGCAAUCUUAGGCCAUACAUUCACCAUCUGAAUGUGUCUUGUGUUGGUUCAGGCAUCAUGGGCUACCUAGGGAACAAGGGCUCGGUGUCAAUUCGAUUUGUGCUACACGAGACGAGCUUUUGCUUUGUUUGCUGUCACCUGGCUUCAGGCGGCAAACAAGGGGAUGUACUGCUGAGGAACUUUGAUGCUGCGGAUAUACUCGUGAGGACGAGAUUUCCUGGUGGUGCAACCCAAGAAUUGCCAAAGAAGAUCCUUGACCACGAUCAAGUCGUUUUGCUCGGUGACUUAAAUUAUAGGAUAUCCUUGGAAGAGGCUGAGACAAGGUUGUUGGUGGAAGACAAGAAUUGGUCCAUCCUGUUAGAGAACGACCAGCUAUUGAUCGAGUUCUCGACGGGUCGGCAUUUCGACGGUUGGCAAGAAGGGCUGAUCACGUUCUCUCCCACCUACAAGUACCACCCCAACUCCGAUCAGUACUACUGGUGCUUCGACGGUGCGCUUGGAAAAAAGAAGCGUGCCCCAGCAUGGUGUGACCGCAUUCUUUGGCGCGGUAAGGGCCUGAAGCAAAUCCAAUACGACACAUGCAACUACAGGUUGUCCGACCACCGGCCGGUGAGAGCAGUUUUCCAUGCCGAAUGUGUGAUCAGAGGAGAUGCAGAUUGCGCGUGUGGCUGUAUUGCUCUCAGCUCUUCGAGUGAGUGACAAAUGGUCUAGGAGGAUACGUGCCAUUUAACCAAAGAUUUACUCAUGAGGGCAUGACUGCCAAUCUGAAACUGAACGACUCGAUCAUGAUUCACGGCAAUUUACCUGUGGAUCCGGGAUGGAUUUUCAGGUGUGAAAUCUGCCGAUUUUUAGAAUCUUGAAUGGUAACUGGAGGCUGGAAUGACAGGAAUGCUCAAUUGGAACUAGAAGCGUUUAAUGGUCUUCUCUUUUUUUAACUCUGACCGAGGUUGCACAAAUGCUCAUUGUUCUUUAAAUUUAUUGAUGGAGCUUUCUCAUUUGAACUUGUCCUCCGGGUUAAUUUGUUUCCUCGAUCAUCUCUUUACUGGAAGAAUAUCUGUAUUUGUACAUUUUGUUCAUGAGAAUCGAAACAGAUAUGAGAGGGCUUGGAGCCU